UCCAAGAUUUUCUUGUAUAUAGUAUAAACCAGUCCAAUUCACAAAAAGAGAAAAUCUCGAGUCUCCAUUUUUGCUUUCUCAGUUUCAUAAGCAAAUAAACAAAUAUUUAUACCAAAUUGCAAAUGUUUCCUAUUUACACACCUCUUAGUUACUGGCCACAUGUUAUCAGAGUUACAUUUUAAGAAUUCCCUUUAAUUUUUAUUUACAUCUUUAUAUGGAAUCAGGUAUAUUGAUUUUGAUUGGAGCAGCAACAGUAGGGGCUAUUUUGAUAUCAUUUAUCACUGCAUACAUCAUUUAUCUUAGAUUCUUCAGAUUAGCCUCACUACAAAAUAAAGUGACAUUUGGAAAUUUGUUAAAGAAAAUUUCUUGUCCAAAAAUUUCUAUCAAGGAAGUGUAUGCUGCCACCAACAAUCUCAAUGAAAUGAAUAUCAUUGGGAAAGGAACUUCAGGUAAGGUCUAUAAAGGUACAAUGAAAAAUAAUCAGCAAGUUGCAGUGAAGCACAUAAUCAAUGAUGAUGGAAAUAUAGAAACUUUUGUGAGAGAAGUUACAAGUCUAUCUCAUGUCAAGCACCAAAAUCUUGUUUCUUUGCUUGGCUGUUGUGUUGAUGGAGAUGAAUGUCUUCUUAUCUAUGAACUAUGUCCAAAUGGAAGUCUUUCAGAAUGGCUAUUUGGCAAGAACAAGGUGCUUUCAUGGAUAAAGAGGCUAGAAAUUGCAAUUGAUAGUGCUAGAGGUGUUUGGUUUUUGCACACAUAUGAAGGAGGCUGCAUUGUUCAUCGUGACAUCAAGCCAACAAAUAUCCUUCUUGGGUCAAACUUUGAAGCAAAACUAUCAGAUUUUGGAUUAUCUAAACUUAUUGAGAUAGGUGAAACAUAUGCUAGUUCAGAAGUGAGAGGGACUUUUGGAUAUGUGGAUCCUGAAUACCAAAGCAACCACCAUGUAAAUUCAUCUGGUGAUGUUUACAGUUUUGGCAUGGUACUUCUACAAAUUCUCUCUGGAAAGAGGGUCAUAAAUUUGAAACUGAAAAGACCAAUGUCACUUAGUAAAAUGGCAAAAACAUUCACUAGGAAUGGUAGCAUCACAGAAUUUGCUGAUCCUAGACUUGAAGGAAAUUAUUCUGAAGAAGCAUUUGAUUUUACACUUCAAUUGGCUCUAUCAUGCACAUCCCUUGACCAACAAAGACCAUCCAUGGAACAAGUUGUCAAAACACUAGAAGAGGCCUUAUUGAUUUCAAAGGGAAGGAAGAAUUUUACUAAAGAAACUCUAGAAGAUCUUAGUAUUCCAAUUGGUCCAUGAAAUGAUUGUUAUUAAGCUCAAGUUUUGUAAUCUUAGUUUGGAAAUUGUUUAUUUUUUUGAAGUACUUGUUUUAUGAGAAUGUUACUUCUUGUAAAUGAAUUGCAACAUGGAAUUUUGUAUUCAGAUAAUGAGAAUAGUUGGAACUUUUAUGUUA